AAACAAAAUAUAAUUGUUUUACUAACUACGAAAGGCAGAAAAAACGGAAGAGGAGGAAGGAGGGAGGAGAGGUGAGAAGAUGGAAGAGGAGACAGUACGGAGGGAUGAGCGAGGAGAAGGAAAAAUGUUAUAAUACACUAAAUGGAAUAGUAUAUUAGAAUGCUUAAAAUUUAUUAUAAAUGAUUAUAUUGGUCGAUGGAAAAGAAAAAUGAAAAUAUGAGAGUAAUUAUAUAUCCAUUUAAAUUGUAUGAAAGUGUUGUAAAAAAUCAAGUGUUAAUGGGCGACGGCGAUGGCGAUCUUUGAUUAGGGUUCUGAUGGAUUUUCGAAAUUGGGAUCGGGGAAAUCGAUGGGGAUCAGGAGAUUAUUGAUCGGGUUGAUGGGUUUCAUUCACUGGGAAUCAAAGGGCUUCAGAAGAGUCUCGAAGUGGACAAGGUCUGUUUCUUAUAGGAUAUAUGGGUCAUAUGGGAGUAAAGAUGGGUGUCAGAGUGGUGUCAUGAGUGUCAUAACAGGUUUGGCUUUAACUAUGGAAAGACGGUUUUGUUGGGUCUCAUUACAUGGUAUCUGGAUUAGCUUUAUCUGUAGUUGCAGCUGUUGCAGGUACAUGCUAUUUAUCACACGGGAAUGGGCCAGGGAGGAUGUUUUUAUGGAUAGGAGAGCAGAGACUCAGAGAGGUAACGUUCUGGGGUAUAGAUAUGAUUUAAGAGAUGUCUCAGAGUUACAGGAUUUGAUCUGUGCGGCACAUAAGCUGACGGAGAUAGGGUUUUUUUUAGUCUAUAUUGUUGGCUGGAAUGAUAUAGUAGUUGUGUAUUGGGGUCUAUUGUUUUGGAGUAUGCAGGAAAAGAGUUUAUUUAGGAGAUUUGUAUUAAGGUUCCCGGCAUUGCUUAGGAUUUUGUCGGGAACUGAUUAUCGGUUUUGGUGUUAUGAGCUGUCAAUGGUAUUAUGUUGGAUGGAUUAUUGGCUAGGGUGUUGGACUGAUGUGGCCGGGCAAAAUUUAUGGAAGCAAGCUCUCUGUUUGGUCUCAUCAAACCAGUCACAGAGAGGUGAUGCAAGCAUGGUAAAGGUCCUAUGGAGUGGUAGUCGUAAUCAGUUUAUUACAAUGGUGUUAACAUGGAAUUUUGAAGACAUUUGCAUGGUAACUAGGAUUCUAAGGUUUAUGGUGUUUAUUGACAAUGGAAACAGCUCAGGAAACAGAGGAUACCUGGAUAGAUUGUGCGGCUUGGGAUGGACAGAGAGAGUCCUUCUUUGGACUCUAGGGGUGGUCACAAAUGAAUAUUUUUGUGAAUUUGGUUAUUGUAUUUUUUAUACUGACAGGGUCUUGGAGUAAUACGGGCAAUGUUUCUGAUUUUAAUGGGGUAUCAUUACACCCGUUGAGAAAUAGUGAUCAUGGGGUGGCGAAUGGGGAAGCAGGGAUGUUGCUGUUUGGUUUGCAGAUAUGCUCUAGGAAUCGUCUUGAAAGCACAUUGGUGGGUCCUAAUUUGGACUGUUCUAUGGAUGGGUUUUUAGAGUGGGCGGUUGGAGUUGCUUAUAGGGAAACGAGUUCUCUGGUUGGUCUCAGUAAACCAAUCAUAGAGAAUAGAGUUAAACACAUCAAUGGAUUUCAAGAGGAGCUACAGAUUGGCAAGAGCUGAUGCAAGGAGGUCUAUAUGGCACAUUGAGGAGUUCUACAUUUUAUCUAGAACUUUAUUACUGAUGUUUCUCUUUCACAAAGGUAUAACUUUAAGGAAGAGAGGAUCUUUAGAAGGAAUAUGUGGUGUAGGAGGGAAAGUGAGUUUAAUUUUUUUGAUUCUAGUUUGGAUAGUAAAUGACCGUGGUGAUGAUUUUUGCUCAAGUAGGUUUAUUUUUAUGGGGCUUUGUAAUACAUGAAACAUUUCAAUUUUCACUGUGUGUAUGUUAAUGUUGCAACACAGUGAUAGUCCAUGUUGGGAGACAGAGACAGACGCA